AGCCACCCUGGUCACAUGGGGCGCUCACAUCCAACAUGGCAACCACUCAAUGAAUGCAAAUAAACUGAUUAAGUUAUUUCUUAAAGGAUAUUGUCCUAGUUUAGGAUAAAGGAAAUGACAGAUAUGCUUGAUGUCAGUGAAACUUGAUGUUAGUGAAACUUGAUGGAAGAGAACGUUGAUGUUAACGAAACCAGUGAAUAUUUGAUGCCAUGUGUUCAAUACAGAGUUUAACUAUGGGUGUAUGCAGACCUAGAUUAUCAUGUUUAAAGAUAAUCUCAUAUGAUGUUAAUCCCGUAUAUUUAACAACAAUGCAAUGUUACGCUUUCAGCAGAAAUAGAAAGCACCAUUCAGAUUGUAAGAGUUUCAAGGGCAUUAUAAGAAAGGAUAACUCUACAUGCAAACUAAAUAAUAACAAAUCUGUCAUCAAAAUUCAGGGAAUUUCCCAUCGUGAAUUAAGACGUUCAAGUAAUUGGCCUUAUACCUUUCAAAGACAUUCUUGCGAACAUGACAGUCGUUAUUUGAUUAACCAGCGACACUUUCAUACUUGUGUUAGACUUUUGUCCCGUCCAUUGACGGAUCCUGAGAAUAGAGGUCAGAGUCAAGAUGGUGUGAACUUUGACACGUUGGGGUCAUGGAAUAAUCGUAUUGACAUGCCUAUACUCAUGGAGGAAAGUAUUAAGAAAGGUAAACUGAUCCCACGUGUGGCUUUCCAUGACAUUAGCAGCUCCUCCUUGAUUGGUCGAAGAAAAACCAACGAAGAUCGUUUUGUUACCAAAGAAUUAAUACCUGGUCUCCAUUAUUUCGCAAUAUUUGAUGGUCAUGGUGGGCCGUUUGCCGUCGAUUAUAUCUCAAGUCAUUUAGAAGAUCAUCUACGGUACUGGACAACAAAGACUACCUCAUUAGCAGACGUCAUAGAGAAGUCAUUUUUAAAUAUAAAUAAUAUGUUGUGUCGUCAUGUCAACCAUUACUAUAUAGAUACAGACACAUAUAGUACUGGUACAACAGCUACCGUCUGCUUGUUACGAAACAGUAUAGAAUUAGUAGUAGGACAUGUCGGAGAUAGUCGUGCAAUAUUGUGUCGAAAUGGGGAAGCCAUUCGUUUAACGAAGGAAGACACACCCGAAGAUCCGGUGGAAGCCGAGCGAAUUAAACAAAAUGAUGGACAGAUUGUAUAUAAUAGUCUAGGACUACCUCAAGUAAAUGGACGGUUGGCGAUGACUCGUAGUCUUGGUGACGUGGACUUGAAGAAAUAUGGUGUUUCGGCAACCCCACAUAUUAGAUCUAUAGAGGUGAGUUGUCAUAAUGUGUAUUAG